AGCGCGGCCGGCUGAGCGAUCGAACAACCAAACAUAAGUAAGUGUAUGUUUACAGAUGAAUAUCUAAUCGGUUGUGGUCGGCUAUUCGGUUGAUAGUGAAAAGCUCGAGUGGAACGCGAGUUGGGGGCCGCAAGUCAAAACAGUGCUGAGAGUGGUGCCCGCCGAUCCAGUUCGACAGCGAUGACUUUGCUUCUGUGGCUCUGCGUCGCCCUCGGUGUGCUCGUCCACUGGCUCUAUAGGGUAAACAAAGACUACUGCAUACGGGCCUUUUUCGCCAGAAGAGUUCAUACAAAGAGCGGAAAACCUUUGGACACCGUAGUGCCCAUGCCCCAGGGGCAGACUAUCUUCGCCAACUGCUUUGAUCUGUUCGGAAAAGACGCUGCCGAAGUCUUCCACCACCUGCGCCAGUUGUCGAGAAAAGCCGCCGGAGAAAGCUAUCUUCUGUACGGCCUGGGUUUCCCCAACUACAACGUUAUAGAUGCCCAUAAUGCGGCUAACAUACUGAACCAUCCCUAUUUGAUAACCAAGAGCAUGAUAUACAAUUUCCUACACCCGUUCCUGAGAACUGGCGUCUUGACGGCGACAGAGAAGAAAUGGCAUACGCGACGGAGCAUGCUAGCUAGAACCUUUCACCUGGAUAUCUUGAGCCAGUUCCAGGAAAUCUUUAUAGCGGAGAGCUUAAAGUUUGUUCGGCAGUUCGCAGAUCAAGAUGAGUGCGUGGUCUCCCUGAGAGACCACAUAGCCAGAUUCACCCUGAACAGCAUUUGUGAGACUGCCAUGGGAAUUAGACUGGAUGAAAUGGCCGAAAAGGGCGAUCGCUACAGAGAGAACUUCCACCGUAUCGACGAGGGUUUCACGAAGCGCCUAAGCAAUCCCCUCUAUUGGGACGACUUCGUUUACAAACUGUUUGCAGAGCGAAGUUAUGCCUCUGCCUUGAAAGCGGUUCAUGAAUUUUCCUCUGAAAUCAUUGCAAAACGCAGAGUUCUCCUGGAAGAGGAGCUUGAGCACAGGCGAGCCACCCAAACGGCUGACGAUGAUAUAUGCGCUGCGAGGAGGAAACGAUUCGCCAUGCUGGAUACUUUGAUUUGCGCUGAGAAAGAUGGCCUGAUUGACAACAUUGGCAUUUGCGAGGAGGUGGACACUCUGAUGGCCGAAGGUUACGAUACCACCUCCAUUGGCCUGGUCUUUGCCCUGCUGAAUAUGUCCCUCUAUGCUGAAUACCAGGAACAGUGCUUCAAGGAAAUCCAGGAGCACAUUGAGGAUGACCUAAGCAAUCUGAACCUUAGCCAGCUGAAUAAACUAAGCCAUCUGAACUACUUCCUCAAGGAAACCAUGCGUCUUUAUCCCUCUCUUCCCAUCAUGGGUCGUCAGACCAUCCAGGAAACGGAGCUAGACAACGGGUUGAUCCUUCCGAAGGGUUGUCAGAUCAAUAUACAUGUCUUCGACAUCCAUCGCAAUCCCAAGUACUGGGAUUCCCCCGAAGAAUUUCGCCCGGAGAGGUUCCUGCCCGAGAAUUGCCAGAAGAGGCAUGCCUACGCCUACAUUCCGUUCAGUGCUGGACAAAGGAACUGCAUAGGUCAAAAGUACGCCAUGCAGGAGAUGAAAACCCUGUUGGUAGUCGUUCUCAAGCAGUUCAAGGUUCUGCCGGUUAUCGAUGCCAAGAGCAUUGUCUUUCAAGUCGGAAUAACCCUGCGCUUCAAAAACAAAAUAAAAGUCAAGCUUGUGCGGCGGAAUCGCGUCUAGUGUUUAUCGAUUUAGGAUAUUUCUUAUACUCGUAUAUGUAUGCUCACCAAGUGCAAAUUCGAUUUAAGUAUGCUGCUAAAACUACAAGGCCCAAUUGACCAUCACUUUGCAUUGUUAAUCGUGGUAAAGCAAUAAAAAUUAAAGACUAAACAUUGAUUUAGGAAAAUUACCCAUGCUUACAAUAAAUGUAAUAGAAAACUUGUCAAUUCUAAAA